AUGACUAUCCGCAGAGUGCCGUGGAGUGGUGCGGAUGUUGGAAUUAGAAGUGGAGGGAGAAGAAACUCAACACUAAUUUGUGGUUCAGUCAUGGCGGAUACGGUGGAAGAAAUGGUGUUUCAGAUGGGUAAGGCAAAAGAAUUGGGUGCUGACCUAGUGGAGCUUCGCUUGGAUUUCUUAAAGGACUUCCAUCCCACACAACAUCUUCAUUUUCUAAUUAACAACCGUCCUUUGCCCAUUUUAAUAGCUUACAGACCACUAUGGGAAGGAGGGGAAUACAAUGGUGAUGAAAGCAAGCGACAAGCUGCCCUGCGUCUAGCCAUUGAAUUGGGGUCUGAGUUUGUUGAAGUUGAGCUCAAGGUAGCUGAGGAAUUCUACAAUUCCAUUGGAGGAAAGAGGCCUGAAAAGGUGAAGAUCAUUGUCUCCUCACACAAUUUGGAAAAUACUCCGUCUGUGGAGGAAAUUGGUAAUCUUGCUGCAAGAAUUAAGGCUUGUGGGGCUCAUAUAGUCAAGAUUGCAACUACUGCCUUAGACAUCACAGAUUCUGCACGUCUUUUCCAAGUCUUAGUGCACUCCCAGGUUCCAAUGAUAGGAAUUGCAAUGGGUGAGAAGGGGCUCAUGUCACGGGUACUCUGCGCAAAAUUUGGAGGAUUUCUAACGUUUGCUUCAAUUGAGGAUGGAUCUCUAUCAGCUCCUGGGAAACCAACUAUUAAAGACUUGUUGGAUUUGUACAAUUUUAGACAGAUUGGAGUUGGCACCAAAGUACAUGGUGUUAUAGGAAAUCCUAUUAGUCACAGCAAAAGUCCUCAUCUCUAUAAUGCAGCUUUCAAGUCUGUGGGAUUUGAUGGAGUUUACUUGCCUUUGUUGGUCGAUAAUGUCUCAGAUUUUCUCACCACUUAUUCAUCUCCUGAUUUUGUUGGAUACAGUUACACAAUUCCUCACAAGGAGGAUGGACUCAAAUGCUGUGAUGAGGUCGAUCCUAUUGCCAAGGCAAUAGGGGCAAUUAGUUGCAUGAUUAAGAGGCCACAUGAUGGAAAACUAAUAGGCUAUAAUGUUGAUUAUCUUGGCGCUAUUGCAGCUAUUGAGGAAGCACUGCAAGAUUCAAACGAAAGAUCAAUAUCUGGUUCACCUUUAAAUGGUAAACUGUUUGUGGUUAUGGGAGCUGGUGGAGCAGGAAAGGCACUGGCUUAUGGUGGAAAAGAAAAGGGUGCAAGAAUAGUUGUUGCCAAUCGUACAUAUGCCAAAGCAAAAGAACUUGCUAGUAAAGUGGGAGGAGAGGCUAUUACUCUAUCUGAAUUAGAGAACUUCCACCCAGAAGAAGGGAUGAUUCUUGCAAAUACUACAUCUGUUGGAAUGAAACCCAAAAUUGAUGAGACACCCAUACAAAAGGAAGCCCUUAAACACUACUCGUUGGUGUUCGAUGCCAUUUACACACCCAAAUUGACAAGACUUCUUCGAGAAGCGAGAGAAGCUGGACCUGCUAUCGUCUAUGGUACAGAAAUGUUCAUCAAUCAAGCAUUUGUGCAGUUUGAAAGGUUCACAAAUUUGCCAGCACCGAAGCAACUCAUGAGGGGUGUGUUGGGAAGAAAUACCUGAGAAUAAGUUUCAGUUUACUGCAGCUGGUUAGAAGAAGCUUCGUUUCACUUUUAAGGGUUAAUUUGAAUUCCUAU